AUGAUCUGCGAGCUGGAUAUUAAUCGCGGUUGUGGUGCAGAGUAUCGAGAGACGUUUUAUAAGCCGGAGCGGAUGGUGGUGGCUUUUGCGGGGGUUGCGCAUGAGGAGGCGGUGAGGUUGACGGAGAAGUACUUUGGGGAUAUGAAACGGGGUAAACGUGGGCUAUUUGGGCCGGGAUCGGCAACGACGCUGGCCGAAGAGGAAUUGCGUUCGUUACCAUCCUUCUCGCCGUCUUCGACGACUUCAACGAUCUCCGCAAACUUGUCAUCCAUCCCGUCACCUCCCCCUCCAUCAACUCCUACAUCCAGCUCCAAGGCCACCAGUGGCGGUCUCCUCUCCCACAUCCCUUUCCUCAAACACCUCUCAACCUCCUCCUCCCACAGCGCCUCCGUCACCCCCCUCGACACCUCCCUUCUCCACCCAUCCACCCUCGACCUCCAUCGCCCUUCCCACUACACAGGCGGCUACCUCGACCUUCCCCCGAUCCCCCCACCCGCAAACCCCACACAUCCACGCCUCAGCCACAUCCACAUCGCCUUCGAAGCUCUCCCCAUCUCUUCUCCAGACAUCUACGCCCUCGCCACCCUGCAAACCCUACUAGGCGGCGGCGGCUCGUUCUCCGCCGGCGGGCCGGGCAAGGGUAUGUACUCUCGCCUCUACACCAACGUCCUCAACCAGUAUGGCUGGGUCGAGAGCUGCAUGGCCUUCAAACUCAGCUACACCUACAGCGUCCUCUUCGGCAUCUCCGCCUCCUGCGUCCCGUCCCGCAUCACAGCGAUGGUCGAGGUGAACUGCAAGGAACUGGCAGCCGCUGACGACAGAUUCGCGCUUCUUCGCCCUAUAGCCCGCCGAGGGUCAACUGGCCCAAGAAACAGUUGCGCUCCGCGCAUCCUAAGGACUUCUGAAAGUCGCGCAUGA